AUGAGAGUUCUUGGGUUGAUUCUGUUAGCAAUUUUGUGGGUUUUUGUGAGCCUUGAAGGGACAGUAUCGCAUGGUGAUCAUCCCUUUUCGGUAAUUGCGAUACAUAGGACAGUAUUUGCUAUCAAUGACCUUGCCUAUAUUAAAGCCUCUCCGCCGAUUCUUGGAUUGAAGCCAAAGCUAGUAGCGGUGUCAAAUCCAAUUGCUUUUGCAAAUCCAAAUGCACCAGUUUACCCACGCUUAGCACAAGGGAAAAUUUGGAACGAACCAAAGCUAGUAGCGGUGUCAAAUCCAAUUGCUUUUGCAAAUCCAAAUGCACCAGUUUACCCACGCUUAGCACAAGGGAAAAUUUGGAACGAACAUAUGAUGAAGUUAAGGAGAAUCUGUGCCAUGGAAGCUCCUACUUGUGCGCCCUAUGAUGAUAUUUAUUUGUAUGCAAGAUUGUCUCUGGCAAUGACUGUAACAUGGACGAGUGGAUAUGGAAUCAAUGAAGCAGAACCUUUUGUUGAAUGGAGUCCACAAGGAGGAAGACAGAGGCUUUCCCCGGCUGGGACACUGACUUUUGACCGGAAUAGCAUGUGUGGUGCUCUCCUCCAAGCUACAGAUGGGUUCUCUUCAACUAAUUUGAUUGGUAUGGGUGGCUUUGGGUCUGUUUAUAAAGGAAUUCUUGAUGAUGGAACAAUUAUUGUUGUGAAGGUUCUUAACCUUUCGCAUCGUGGAGCAACCAAGAGUUUCAAAGCCAAGUGUGAUGCCUUGAGGAAUAUAAGAUAUCAGAAUCUUGUCAAGGUGUUAACUGCUUGUGUAGGUGUGGAUCAUCAGGGAAAUGAUUUCAAGGCUUUGGUAUACAAGUUCAUGGCUAAUGGCAGCCUGGAGUAG